AUGAGGAGGUCUCUUCCUUGCCCCGGCUGGGUUAGAGCAGCAAGCUUGUUCCUGUGCCUGAGCCAGACCGUCCUGGCCGCCGUCCUCACCAACUCCACGAGGCUCGAGUCCAUCCUGGACAAGUACAGGAGCAAGGAUGAUGAGUGGUGGAAGGCCAGGUCGAGAGGGAAGAGGGCCAUCAGCGAGGGAGACAUGCACCUCAUCCUGGACUUGCACAACAAGCUGAGGGGUCAGGUCCACCCUCCUGCAUCCAACAUGGAGUACAUGGUGUGGGACUAUGAGUUGGAGAGGAGCGCAGAGCACUGGGCUCAUACGUGUCGAUGGGAACACGGACCAAGCCACAUGUUGACACAAAUAGGCCAAAACCUCGGAGCGCACUGGGGCAGGGACCGACCCCCGACCUACCAUGUCCAGGCCUGGUAUGAUGAGGUGAGGUACUACAGCUAUCCAUACUCCCAGGAGUGUAACCCGCACUGUCCGUUCAGGUGUUCAGGACCGGUUUGUACUCACUACACUCAGUUGGUUUGGGCGACUAGUAAUCGUAUUGGCUGUGCCAUCAAUGUAUGUUACAACAUGAACGUGUGGGGAAUGAUCUGGGCCAAAGCUGUCUAUCUGGUCUGCAACUACUCUCCACCGGGCAACUGGUGGGGUCAUGCUCCGUACAAAUAUGGAACUCCCUGUUCUGCCUGUCCAGCCAGCUACGCAGGGGGCUGCAGAGACAACCUCUGCUAUAAAGAUGGAGGUGUGGACAGACGUCCAGCACCUGAGAUCGAGGAGACCAACUACAUUGAACCCGAACCAGAACCAGUAAGGGACAGGGAGCCCCAACCCAGGGCCCAGUCCCCAAACCCCUCUCCCAACGACAACCUGGAGAGAAACCAGGUCGUCAGUACAGAGCAGAUGUCCCAACAGGUCGAGUGUGAGACCAAACUGAGGGAUCAGUGCAAGGGAACAACCUGCAACAGAUAUGAGUGUCCACCUGGUUGCCUCAACAAGCCUGGAAAAGUAGUUGGGACUGCAUAUUAUGACAUGCAAUCCAGUGUGUGUGGAGCUGCACUACACUCUGGUGUUAUUGACAAUGAUGGAGGAUGGCUGGAUGUGACCAGACUGGGCAGAAAACAACAGUUCAACAAGUCAUACAAGAAUGGUAUUCAAUCCAUUGGGAAAAACAGGAGCGCAAAUUCCUUCAAAGUAGAGUCAGUGCCUGUAAAAGCAGUACGAUGUGAUACCACAGUGGCACUUUUCUGCCCUUUCAAGAAACCUGUACGACACUGUCCCAGGUUGUAUUGUCCCAGGAGCUGUUUGCGUGAGAGUCAAGCCCGAGUCAUCGGCACAAAAUACUACUCAGAUAAAUCCAGUAUCUGCAGAGCAGCCAUCCAUGCUGGAGUGAUCCAGAACGAGUCAGGAGGUUACCUCGAUGUGAUGCCGGUGGACAGAAGGAGGCAGUACAGUGGCAGCUAUCAGAAUGGCAUCACCUCAGAGAGCCUACUGAACCCCACAGGAGGAAAAGCCUUCAGAGUGUUUGCAGUCAUCUGA